AUGCAUAUCACGAAGAAAUUGGCGGCCGCCCACGCGGAGGGCAGGCCCACCUACUCCUUCGAAUACUUUCCACCGAAGACGGCACAAGGUGUGCAGAACCUUUACGACCGCAUGGACCGCAUGCAUGCCAUGGGCCCGGCUUUCGUGGAUAUAACCUGGGGCGCCGGAGGACGACUGUCCAGCCUCACGUGCGAGAUGGUCAAGGUGGCCCAGUCAGCAUACGGGCUGGAGACGUGUAUGCAUCUGACAUGCACUGAUAUGGAACGGAGCAAGAUCGAUGACGCGUUGAAAGAGUGCUAUAAUGCUGGAUGCACGAACAUCCUGGCACUGCGCGGUGACCCGCCAAGAGAAAAGGAAAAGUGGGAGCAGACAGAAGGCGGAUUCAGAUAUGCACGAGAUCUGAUUGACUACAUCAAGAGCAAGUAUGGCGAUCACUUCGACAUUGGCAUCGCUGGCUACCCUGAGGGCUGUGAUGAUGAGACGACUGCGGAUCAGCAUAUCCCAUAUCUGGUUGAGAAGGUCAAGGCUGGCGGCACGUUCAUCGUGACACAGAUGUGCUACGAUGCAGACCGAUUCAUCGAAUGGGCGAAGCAGGUGCGGGCUGCUGGUGUACCGGACUCUGUGCCAAUCAUACCAGGAAUCAUGCCGAUCCAGACUCAUGCUUCCUUCAUCAGACGAGCGAACUGGACCAACUGUUUCGUCCCGCCAGAGUGGCACGCAGCGCUCGAGCCGAUCAAGAACGACGACGGAAAAGUGCGAGAGGUUGGCAAGAACUUGAUAGCCGACUUCUGCCGCAAGCUGCUUGAUAGUGGCACCACGAUGCACUUGCACUUCUACACCAUGAACUUGGCUGCUUCUACCAGCAUGGUACUUGACGAGCUCUCGGUGACACCCACAAACGAGACCCACGAUCCCGACAUCAAGCCUCUACCGUGGCGGCAGUCGCUCGGCAAGAAUAGGCGAGAUGAGAAUGUCCGCCCCAUCUUCUGGCGGAACCGCAACCGCUCAUACGUUGCACGCACGCAAGACUGGGACGAGUUUCCGAACGGUCGCUGGGGUGACAGUAGAUCUCCAGCCUUCGGUGAGCUGGAUGUGUACGGUAUUGGCCUAAAGGGCACGAACGAACACAACCGCAAGUUGUGGGGUGAACCGAAGAGCGUGAAGGACAUCUCGGACCUCUUCGUGGGAUAUAUGAAAGGCAAAGUUGAGACCUUGCCGUGGUCCGAAGCACCCAUCAACUCAGAAGCCGACGUCUUGCGAGAAGACCUCAUCGACCUCAACAGCAGAGGUCUGCUGACGAUCAACUCGCAGCCAGCUGUGGAUGGUGCCAAGUCAUCUGACCCUGUGUACGGCUGGGGCCCACGCAACGGCUAUGUCUACCAGAAGGCAUACUUGGAGCUCCUCGUAUCGCCAGAGCUCAUCGACACAGUCAUGCAACGCAUCGAAGCGAAUCCAGACCUCACGUUUUACGCUGUCAAUAACUCGGGCGAGUUGAAGACCAACGCCGAUUCCGAGGGCGGGCCCAACGCAGUGACGUGGGGUGUCUUCCCAGGCAAGGAGAUCGUGCAGCCGACUAUUGUCGAGACCAUUUCUUUCCUGGCAUGGCGAGACGAGUUCUACCAUCUCGGCUCGGAAUGGAGCAAGUGCUACGACGAGGACAGCGAAGCUCGUAAAGUCAUCAGAGAGGUCACGGAGAGCUGGUACCUCGUCAACAUUGUGCACAACGACUUCCGCCAGAAGCGCGGCAUCUACCAUCUUUUCGAUGGACUGAAGGUGUCAGGAGUGGAUGUGCAGGUCAACGGCGACGCCCAAACCAAUGGGCACAGCCACACGAACGGCGUCACUGAAGCAGAGACUCAGGGCGGCGCAAAGCCAGAAGUCAACGGAGUGCCAGAUGGCAACAACGCGGUCAACGGCGCUGACAAAGUGCUCACGAACGGCGAUCUGAAGAACUAG